UCCCGCGGGCGGUGCUGCCGGAAGCCCCUCCCGUGGCCGCGGCUCGGUGGCUGGCUGGCCGCGGCUGUCACUCCGGGGCGUUUUCCCCCGGCCGGCUCUCAGCUGGGGCGGAGGAAGAGGCGGCCUGGGCCUGCCGAGCCGUUGCAGUCUCCGCGGCUGCUAUGCCCAAGGUGCGCGGCGCCCUCCGCAGCUCCGCGCAGCGCUAGAGGCGGCCGAGCGCUCGCCGACGCCGCCCGGAUCCCCGGUGCCUCCGCUCCCCCGCUCCCGCAGCUCCCGCGGUUCCUCCGGCAUCGCCUGCGAGGCCAGGCAGAAGCAAGAUGAAGAUGACGGUGGAUUUCGAGGAGUGUCUGAAGGACUCGCCCCGCUUCAGGGCUGCCUUGGAAGAAGUAGAGGGAGAUGUGGCAGAGCUGGAACUAAAACUCGAUAAGCUCGUGAAGCUUUGUAUCGCAAUGAUUGACACCGGCAAAGCCUUUUGUGUUGCAAAUAAACAGUUCAUGAAUGGGAUCCGAGACCUGGCACAGUAUUCUAGCAAUGACGCUGUGGUUGAGACAAGUUUGACCAAGUUUUCUGACAGUCUUCAAGAAAUGAUAAAUUUUCACACAAUCCUGUUCGACCAAACACAGAGAUCAAUUAAGGCACAGCUUCAGAACUUCGUUAAAGAAGAUCUUCGAAAAUUCAAAGAUGCCAAGAAACAAUUUGAAAAAGUCAGCGAAGAAAAGGAAAACGCACUAGUCAAAAAUGCCCAAGUUCAAAGAAACAAGCAGCAUGAAAUUGAAGAGGCCACAAACAUUCUCACAGCCACGAGGAAGUGCUUCCGGCACAUAGCCCUUGACUACGUCCUUCAGAUUAAUGUGCUUCAAUCAAAGAGGAGAUCAGAAAUCCUGAAAUCAAUGCUGUCCUUCAUGUACGCACAUCUGGCCUUCUUCCAUCAAGGGUAUGACCUGUUCAGUGAGCUUGGGCCCUACAUGAAAGACCUUGGAGCACAGUUGGAUCGACUGGUUGUGGAUGCAGCGAAGGAGAAAAGAGAGAUGGAGCAGAAACAUUCUACGAUCCAGCAGAAGGCUGCAUUACAGGACUUUUCCAGUGAUGAUUCCAAGCUAGAGUAUAAUGUGGAUGCAGCGAAUGGCAUUGUCAUGGAAGGGUAUCUCUUCAAGCGGGCCAGCAAUGCCUUCAAAACGUGGAACAGGAAAAAGCCCGAUCAUAUCAGACGCUGGUUCUCCAUACAGAACAACCAGUUGGUUUACCAGAAGAAGUUCAAGGACAGCCCCACCGUGGUGGUGGAGGACCUCAGGCUCUGCACCGUGAAGCACUGUGAAGACAUAGAGCGGCGCUUCUGCUUCGAGGUGGUCUCUCCAACCAAAAGUUGUAUGCUCCAGGCAGAUUCCGAAAAGCUUCGCCAGGCCUGGAUUAAGGCAGUUCAGACCAGCAUUGCCACUGCUUACAGAGAGAAGGGUGAUGAAUCCGAGAAGCUGGACAAAAAGUCAUCUCCAUCAACAGGAAGCCUAGAUUCUGGAAGCGAGUCAAAAGAAAAAUUACUGAAAGGGGAAAGCGCACUGCAGCGUGUCCAGUGUAUCCCUGGCAACAGCAGCUGUUGUGACUGUGGUCUGGCAGACCCACGGUGGGCCAGCAUCAACUUGGGCAUUACCUUGUGUAUUGAGUGCUCUGGGAUUCAUCGGAGUCUUGGGGUUCACUUUUCAAAAGUACGAUCUUUAACUUUAGACACUUGGGAGCCUGAGCUUUUAAAGCUUAUGUGUGAAUUGGGAAACGAUGUUAUAAAUCGUGUUUAUGAAGCUAAACUGGAAAAAAUGGGGAUAAAGAAACCACAUCCAGGACAAAGACAAGAGAAAGAGGCAUAUAUCAGAGCAAAAUAUGUGGAGAGGAAAUUUGUGGAUAAAUACUCCAUGGCAUCAUCAUCGCCUUCUGAGCAGGAGAAAAGGGUUAUCUCCAAAAGCUGUGAGGAGCAGAGGCUGAGCCAAGUCAGAGCAUCGGUCCACACCGCAGUGGCUGCUGUAAAUAGCGACGAGGCCAGGCGGGAGUCUCUGUUCUGUCCUGAUGAGCUAGACUCACUCUUCUCCUACUUUGAUACUUCUUCAAAGCUGCGUAGUAUCAAAAGUAAUGACAGUGGGAUCCAGCAAGGCUCUGAUGAUGGACGGGAAUCUUUACCUUCCACCGUGUCAGCCAAUAGCCUAUAUGAGCCUGAAGGAGAAAGGCAAGAGUCUUCUGUGCUUCUUGACUCUAAACAUCUUAAUCCAGGACUUCAACUUUAUAGGGCUUCAUACGAAAAAAACCUUCCCAAAAUGGCUGAGGCUCUGGCUCAUGGUGCAGAUGUGAACUGGGCUAAUUCAGAUGAGGACCAGGCAACAGCACUCAUCCAGGCUGUACUAGGGGGCUCUUUGGUGACGUGUGAGUUCCUCUUACAGAAUGGUGCUAAUGUGAACCAAAGAGAUGUCCAAGGGCGGGGCCCGCUGCACCAUGCCACUGUCUUAGGACACACAGGGCAGGUGUGUCUAUUCCUGAAGCGAGGUGCCAAUCAGCACGCCACCGACGAGGAGGGGAAGGACCCCUUGAGUAUCGCUGUGGAAGCAGCCAAUGCCGACAUAGUGACCUUGUUACGUUUAGCAAGAAUGAAUGAAGAAAUGCGGGAAUCAGAAGGACUUUAUGGACAGCCAGGUGAUGAAACUUACCAGGACAUCUUUCGUGAUUUUUCUCAAAUGGCAUCAAAUAAUCCAGAGAAGCUCAAUCGUUUUCAGCAAGAUUCACAGAAGUUCUGAGCCUUUUAAGAGGGGAAACUAUGAAAUUUGGUGAAUUCCUAAUGUGUACAACCAAAAUCUCACCUUUUUUUUUUUUUU